UCUCGCCUACAACGCGCUGCCGCUGGCCUACCCGCGCGGCCACCCUCCCACCGCUCUCGGCCUCCGCGCAGCCACCCACCCGCCCGCCACCGGCAAUCGCCGCCGCACCGAGAGGGAAGCCGGCGCACAUGGCGUCCGCGCGGCACGUCCACAUCGAGGGCCUGCAGACGGCGCUACCAACGCGCAAGGUGGAGCCGGGGCGGGCGCGCCCCGUGUCCGUGGCCGCGCCCCCGCUCCCGGCCGCCGCGCUGCAGCGCCGCGCCCGCGUCGUGCUCUACUACCGCGCGGAUGCGGAUGGCGCGGCGGCGCCGUGGGGCCCGGAGGAGGCGCUCCUGGCGAAGGAGUCCCUGAGCGAGGCCGUGGCCGACCACCCGGAGAUGGCCGGCCGGCUCCGGCGCCGCGCCGACGGGUCCUGGGAGGUGAAGCUCAACGACACGGGUGUCAGGCUCGUGCUCGCCACGGCGGAGGCCACCGUGGACGACUUCGUCGGAGCCGGCGCCGGCCGGGAGGCCGCGCUCGCGCCGUGGACCGACGUGGACGCCGAGAACCCCGACAUGUGCGCCCUCUGCUUCGUGCAGCUGACGCGGUUCCAGGGCGACGGGGGCUACGCGGUGGGCAUGAGCUGCAGCCUGAUGCUGUGCGACCCGGUGUCGCUGGCGCGCUUCCUCCUGUCGUGGGCGCGCACGCACGCCGAGAUCAAGGCCCGGAGCAAGGCCGCCCCCAUCCCGAUGAUGCAGUACGCGGGCUACUUCCAGCGCCCGGGCACCAUGACCCGCCGCGUCAGGUCCGUCCCGCUCGACGCCGGCGCCGCCGGCGCCGCCGCCGAGACGGUGCUCUUCAGAGCGGCACCUUCCGGGGCGCCCGACCACCGCGCGCUCGCCAGGGCCUGCGUCGACGAGGCCAGCGAGAGGCUCGGCGCGGAGACGAAGGUGCCGCGGUUCUCGCUCGUCGCCGUCGCCAGGGACGGCGUCGGGGACAACCCGCAGGGGAUGACCGUGGAGACGUGCGCCGGCGCCGCGGACAGCCUGCCGGUGUCCGGGCACGAGCUCGAGGUUGCGCAGUGGCAGGAUCUCGGGCUGGAGGAGUUCGCGCUCAGGGGGAGCAAGCCCGUGCACGUGUCCUACAGCAUCGUGACCGGCGGCGACGAAGCGCUCGUGGUCGUGAUCCCCGACGGCAAAGGGUUCCUUGUCACGGCGACUGUCCCAAAACAGACAGAGAAAUAAUCGGUGAAGGAUGAAUAUUACUCUCUCUCCAUCUACUUUUGAUAGUUAUAUUUCAAAAACUCAAAUAUUAAAAAUGAUAGAUAUAUUUGCAAUUGGCAUAGGUUAUGUCAAUAAAUAGUAUUAGUAAUGAAGAGUUUCCAGUUAAAACAUUGAAGGACCAACAAAAAAAUCUAUAUUGCAUUUAUUAUAUGAUAAGUAAGGUUAUUUUUCUUGAUCAUUGUGUCAAAGUGAAAUAUAGCUAUCAAAAUUGGAUGGAGUAGGUAGUAUGCUGAUAAUUCUGUGUGGGACCGUGUAUGUAUUUUUAUGGGAGUGAGUGAUAAUGUGUAUUGUUGUACCAGAAAUAAGUCACUAAAAGUCAUUGGUAUUUUCCCUUCUUUCAGAAAGAAAAAAAAAAUCGUGUUCCAGGUUUAUAACA